UCGAUGUGAUCCUUGGGGAUGCCAAGUAUGUCCAGGAGGUCUUCCUUUCUCUAAUGCAGAAUGAGACAUUUGCUGAGGCCUGGGUUGACCAUGGCAUGGACUCUAUUGUGCAAACAGUAGCUAAGGUUCUAGAAGGUCACACUAGCUGCAGAGAACUUUCUGCUCCCUGGGCUUGGAUGUCAACAUACAGCUCUAUAGACCCUCACUUAUGGGGCACUCUAGUUUGCUCUGGGAAUGACUCAAGUCUUCAGCAAAUACUCUUUACACCACUUUUGCCUGUAAUCGAGAAGGUCCAACAGUUGGUUGGUGUAGUAAAUGGAACUGUAAUGUACAACGUCACACCCUCCAUUCUUAUGGCGGAGUGGCACAGUCUAUACACAACCUCCCAGCAGUAUGGCUCUGCCCUUCAGAACUUGCAAACUGAGCUUAGUGAGGAAUAUUUUACUGCUUGGAUCCCAGGGAACAUUUCAGUUGGUUUGCAACAGAUUCUGUUGACCAGGGGUACUGAUGGACUUGAGACCAUAGGUUCACUGCUAGAGAAGAGCUCUCUGUGGCCCUCCAUGGAACCAUAUUUUCAUAUUGCUUAUUGGAUUUUGACCUACCAACCAAACGUAACGGUAUCACCAAACUGCUCUUCAUUUCCCUUCACCUGUCAGACUGGCUUUACAUGGGAAUCAUCUGUUCCACUGAUUCAGUCUUUGAUAUCUCAAGUGAUUUAUAAACCUGACAGCCUGCUAAGACCUCUCCAGGGAACAGUGGCUUUCCUCCAAAACAGCUACAUGGCAUUUUUAAAACAAGUCCUUCUUAACAACAUACCUAGUCAACUGCUUGGUAGUGACAUUUCACUACAAGACUUGUUGCUGAACCUCAUUAAUACAGUUGAAAAGGAAAUCCAGCUCCUCUCCAACAUUGAGUCCACACAGCAGUUUGACACCCAACUUUCACUCGAUCUGUUAAAUGACAUCAUGGCGGCUCUUGGACUGGGGCAGAUAGAAAACUUCUUGUCAGGAGGAUCCCAAACAACCAGCCUACACCCAGUGAUCAUGGACGUUCUUCAGCUCUUGAACAAUGGGUCCAUGCAGAUGCUAAACAAUGAGGAGGGUUUUGCAGUUCUUCACACAAUUUUGAGCCAACUUGGAGCCAUUUUGCCUCCAGAGCAGCACUAUCAGUUAGAAGCAGGGUUAAAUAAGACUUAUGUCCUCAUUCGAGAUCUGGAGAUCUGUUCGGCUCUUGGCCAGGACUGUGUUGCUGAUGUCCAGAAUGUAUUUGAUUUUCUUGGUGCAAUGCUUGCAUUUGGAAAUAAUAUCACCAUCCAAAUAACACCUCUUGGGGGAAACAUGACUCUCCCUGUUGUAGUUGAUGUGCUCACUCUGUUCCUGCCAUGGAACAUGUCCCAGCCAGCCGAAGCCUCUAUGGAAACUGUGAGGAAGGUUCAACAUCUUCUCGAGCAGGCUUAUGCAUCUCCUGUUUUCAACAUCAGUCAAGGACUACAAGCCUCCAAUCUCACCAUUUUUGAAUUAGCACAAAUCAAUUCUACAAUUCAUUACAUAAGGUCAGCGUCCAUACUGCAAACUCUGAAUAUGGCCGUUCAAAUCCCACAAUGCCUGAACACUCAAACCACACAAUCUCCACAUUGGCAUUCUGCCAGUGGAGAAGCCAAAUGUGUCCUUCAGCUCAUUCAGAGUGCAUCUGGUUUAAUUGAAAUAAUACCUGUAGCAGAGAACGCUCAAAUGAGUCUUAAAGAUCUGCUUAACAUCACUGUGGUAGAGUAUCAGAAACUAAGUAGCAUGUCUAGUUCCGGAUCUGACCCACUUGCAUUGACAGAAGAGGUGCUGAUAACAACACUUGCAGACAUCAGACAGAACCUCCAGGGUCUCGGUGUAGAGAACAUCAAUAAUAUUACAAGUGAUUUAAACAUUCUGGAAGACCUCUUGAAAACGGUAAUCAGAGAACAAUAUCCAUACCACACCAUUAACUCAACAUUGAUGGCGCAGGGGCAGUAUGCACAGAAGAUGUAUGUGGAUAUCACACUGUGGUAUCUUAACAAGCUUGGAAAUGCCACCAGUGGCAGUAUGUUUGCAGAGAUUCUCAAUCAUCUGAAACGCAUGACAGAAAUGCAAGUGGCACUUAUCAAUGCAGAGGCAGAUCUGGUGACGCUGGUGAUGAAUCAGAUCCAGAACUUGACCCAUGUGCAGCUUCCUCUGGAAGGUGAAGAUCUUGUACAAGUUGCCAAUACAAUUAUGAUUAUUUUGCAAGGUGAGCUGGGACUGAUUAAAAGAAACCUUGAGAUUCAAGAGGCAUUCUACAAUUCUCUUGGCUUCCCAAUAAACAUUAGAAUUCCUGCUGAAAUUGAAGCUCAGAUCAUGACCUAUCUCAGUGUGACAAGGGAAUGGGUCACCAACCAACAAGUGACAACGGCACUUGCAGGAAUUUUCCAAUGGGAAAUGACCUCUGUAGAUAUCACAACACCUGGGACGGAUCUUGAGAAGCUCCUCCAAGCCAUGAUUCCCCUACUCCCCCCUAAAGAGAGAGAGUAUCUUGCUGUUGUUGACCAGGUCUCUCAGGCAGUAAAUUACGCUCUACAGGUGGCUAGCACUGAUGGUGGUAUGCAAAAUGAAAACUUUACCGAAGCCAUCAUCAGUGCUGUGAGAGUGGUUCUGGAGAGCAUGUAUAAUGAGACUGAAGCUCUACCUCAGGGGGUGGUUGAAAAUGUUCUUAGUGCUUUUAACGGUGCCCUUCAGCUGAUCUUGAACACCAAUAUGAGCUAUGCUCAAGCUAGGAACCUCACAGAGGAGACUGUCCAGAGGGUGGAUGGACUGAUUAAUGCACUUUUGCCAGCAGAGGCAGCAGAGGCGUUGGUUCCCAUCACAAAAAGCAUUCUAACCUAUUUAAAGACCAUUUCCCAACCCAGUGGACCUGACAAAUGGAAUGAAGUAGUUAUAAAUGUCUUGAAAGAACUUCAGGUUUUCUGGCCAUCAAACAACACAGCUCAGCCCAUCAUAUCUAUGUUGCGAAACCUCACAGAAUUUGUUCUGAGCUCAAAUGGAGGCAACUUGACAAAGGAGUGGAUACUUACCCAACAAUUAACAAUGGCACUUUCUGGAAUAUUCCAGGGGAACGUUUCCACUGUAGAUCUCACAACAACUGGGAAUGAUCUUAAUCAGCUUUUGGAAGUACUGACACCAUUGCUCUCUCCUGAGGACAGAGCCUUCAUCUCUGUCACUGGACAAGUAUCUCAGACACUAACCUACGCUCUACAGGUGGCUAGCACUGAAGGUGGUCUCCAAAGUGAAAACUUCACAGAAGCCAUCAUCAGUUCUGUGAGAGUGUUUCUGGAAAGUAUUUCUAAUGAGACUGAAGCUCUACCUCAGCAUGUGGUCGACAGUAUUCUUGGUGCAAUUCAUGGUUCACUUCAGCUGAUCCUGAACCCUAACAUGGACUACGGUAAAGCUAACAACCUCACUCAGGAGACUAUCCAGAUGGUAGAAGGGGCAUUUCAUGCCCUGUUGCCAGCAGAGGUGGUUGAGGUGUUGGUUCCCAUGAAAAACAGCUUUAUAACCUAUUUGCAAACCAGUUCCCAAUCUGCUGGACCUGACAAAUGGAAUGAAGUCAUUGUAAAUGUGAUGAGAGAGCUUCAGAAGUCUCUGCCACCUAACAACACAGCUCAGCCCAUCAUAUCUGGAUUUCUUAAGGUCACAGAGUAUUUUCUAAACUCAAAUGAAGGAUAUACAAACAUGUGGGACAACUUAGGAAACUUCAGUCUUGGCAGCCUAAAUGAAAUAACAGAACAGCUUGCCAUCUUUCUGGGCUCUGUGUCACCAUUCAUGAAUGAGUCUGCCCAGACUGCCACAGAAUCUGUAGCCGUUCUAGUCCAGAUCCUCUCCGGGAGUGCUGACCAGCUGACCUUUGACAAGUUGGAGAAGAUGCUGGCUGCUCUGUUUUCAACCUUCAGAGAUACUCCCAUGUGGGAUUCGUUGCCGUCUAUAGUGUCCAUAAUUCAAGAAGCCAUUGUCAACAGUACUCACAACAUUCAGGCACAAACAGAGCUCUUCCAUGUUCUCCAGCAGCCAUUGUCCAGCCUUUUAACAGAUAUUUUCCAUGCUAUGAACACCAGCAGUUUUACAGCUCAGUCUUUUGUUAGUGGAUUGCCACAGGCCAUUGUGUUGACUGCAGAAGCUGCUCUACAGGCUGGUUCGGGGGGUCAGAGCCUGAACUGCAGCUAUGUAGAGAAGAUAUGGCAGGAUGUCCAAGUUGUGACUGGAAUAAGAGAAGACCAUGUCUCUUUGUGGUGUAACAUCAGCCUACUGCCAGUCAUAGCAGCCUUCAAUAAACCAGGAGAUGCAACUCCAGCUUUCAAUAUGACGGGAAUGGAGAUGAACCCUCUUUGGUUAAACGUCACUGCAGAAAUGAUGGCCGGGUCACUGGAGAAUUUCUACGGGGCGAUCCUGAACAAUACCUUUGCUAGCAUUCAGCUAACUGAAGUCCUGUUGUAUUACACAUCAAUGAUAUCCAACCUCUCAGUAUCAGAAUUAACUAACCAGGCAAACUGGAAUGCCCAGCUCUUGCAGAUGCAGCUGAACCAAAGCCUCUCCACAGUACAAAUGGCUCUGGAGCCAAUUAAGACAGAAGCUCCCUGGAUGGUGCCAUACAUCGAAGCAGUUGGAAAAACCAUUGAGGCCAUCCUACAGAAUGGCUAUCUCAUCCAGAACUCAACUGCAAGCCCCCUGAUCGUCAUGCAGGCUUUGGAGAUCACACUCACCGGAAUGAACUUCACAGAGGAAAUCAUAAAUUAUAUCCUGAGUGGAGACAUAGUUAUGAACCCCAAUGGAAGCAUGGUUGACAAUAUAAUAAAAGAGGUGAUCCAGCAAAUCAUUGGAACAGGAUUGCUGGAAGAGUGGCCUAUGCUUUAUGGAUUAAUGCAGCAGGUUCUGUACUUCGAAGAUACAAGUGGCACCCUGUGGAAAUCUGUUGAGUUUUUCAACUGGCUGUACACUACUGAAGAUACUGGACUAAACUUUGCCUGGGAGAUCCUGCGCAAGUUGUACGAGAUAUUAAGGGACGCUCUAACCAAGAUGCCAACUCCUCUGUCUUGCUUGUCAAACACUUUUAUUGACCUUGCUGGGAAUGCUUUAUACCUUCUGAAACAGAUUCAGCUAACCAGUGACCUCUUCGCCCCUGUGGAACAAUAUCUAAGUCCAAUUAAAAUGCGAAUUGCUGAUGGACAGAAUCUACAAAGUCUUGUGUCCCAUACAAGAAACACCAGAAGAGUUGCAAGUAAAGUUCAGAGGGAGCCGGUGGAUGACUUCCUUGACCUCCUUGACAUUGACUACCAAGCCUUGCUUGCAGUUCUCUCCAUUCCACCCACAUCGACUGACAUUUUCGAGACCAUCCAUGUUUUCUUUGCAAACCCAGACUUGGGUGUCAUCCUGAAGGGUCUUUCAAGGGAAAUGGCUGGAAACACGAAUCAGGAUGUAACCAUCGACACAGCUCUGAACGUGCUGUCUUACUUGACACUCCCUGCUAAUGGACAACAGUUCCUAGAGAUGUUCACGGAGAUCGCUAGUGAAGGAGGGAGUUUGCACGACCUUAAGAAGCUGGCAGAAAGCCUAGGAAGAAUGAUUGACGUGGCCAUGGCGCUAUCUGACCAGCCAUCUCUGAACAUCAGACAGAGAAUCGAGCACAUGGUCCAACAACUUCAAGCUUCGGUGUCGAACAUAGUCUCACAGAACGGAAAUGGCACUGACACUGCAAUCCAGUUCCUCACAUCACUCAACAGCAUCCUUAGUGAGAACUUUGAGGAAAUCAAGGACAUCAGCCCUCAGGUCACUGGCGUUCUCCAAAACAUAAUUGGCUCAUUUAACAGUACAGGGUCUCAGAUGAGCAUAGCAUCCUAUUUGGAAGCCAUGGAUCAAACUGCUGAAACCUUCGCCUCACUCCUCUCUGGAGAGGAAGCAGGGUAUUUCAACAUAUCUGGACAAAUGCUGCAAGCCUUUGUAUUGCUUGAGGCAUAUCCGGGAGACAUAGACCAAGUCAUGAUGUCCAUCAGCAUGAUUUCUAACUCCCUAAAUCACGUCCUUGCCCUCUCAAAUAUCACAACUUUUACAAAUGGACAACCCAUCCAAGAGGUCACCCACCCCCUCAUUCUUAGCAGUGCAAUGGCCACCCACAUCCUAUUCAACCUCUCCAUGUCAAACUACAGCCUGAGCAGCGAUGCUGAAAGAGAGAUGCUUUUGACCCAGACAUUCGAUCAGAUGGCAGUCAUUCUCCCCAAAGAAACACACGUGCACCUCUUCGCCAUCAAAUCGGCUCUUUUCACUGCCCUCUCAAGAGUAUCUAGCACUGCAGAAAUCCCAUCCCACUUCCCAGAAAUCUCUCAGUUGGUUACACAGUCUCUCCUUAACUCUCUAAACAUUACAUCCACGCAUAUGACUCCAGAUGGCCUUGUUUACAUCUUGAUGACAGUGUCUAAUCAAGUGUCCUUGAGUCUCUACGAGGGCUUUAAGUUAUACGGUUCCCCUAUCCAAAUCUCACAAGUUGUGAACUCUUUAAGUGAGGCUGCAUCUUCCAUAUACUCGAUUAUUCCUGUCGAGGGACGGCUGUACAUCAAUAUCACGCUGAAACUCAUGGAGACAAUGUCUUUUGUCCUUAAUGACACCAGCACCUUUGGGGAUGUCAAUGGGGCUGUAUCUCAAGUAGUCGAUUCUUUCAACAACCUUCUGGCCAUGGUGCCCAACGAGUCUUUCAGCAGCAUCAUAGGAGACCUGGAGCACACCCUGAAGACAAUCUUAAUGAUCAUCCAAGCAGACCAAAGUCCUCUCACCCAAACAGUUGAUAUUACCCAGCAGCUGCUGCACACCACCCAAAAUCUCAUCUCGCUGGGGAAUAGCAGUGGUAUGGAGUCUGAACUCGCUAAAAUAGUGCUGGGGGCUUCUAGCAUGAAUAUUGGCCAUCUGCUGGGGAUGAAUGACACUAACUGGACCGACAAGCUGCCUGUGCUGCUGACAAACCUUGCUAAUAGCCUUCCAGAUGACCUGCAGUAUUCUUCUCUUAUUAAGUCCAUCAUGAGAAGUCUGGCCAACGAAUCCCAAGAAAAUCUGCAUCUUCUUCUGCAAGUGCUAAACACUGCCUUUGAAUUUGGCUCAAGCAACUGGGCAAAUGAGAGUUCAGGCCUGAUACUGGACCACCUGUUAACUCAGGUGUGUGCUCUGGAAAACAUGGCCUCUGUGCAGCUGAUCAGCCAGUUUCUGCCACUAGGCCCUAGACUGCUAUGUAACACCGUUGUUCCCACAAUCCAGGCCUUCCAUGUGCUCUCAACCAGCCUGGUGAACCAAACCAGCAACAUCUAUGAUCUGAUUUUCCAGACAUUUGUUGGAGACCCUAGCAGUUACAACAGUCAAGUGGACUGGACCUCAGCUCUCUCUCAAAUUGUAGGCUUCAACGUCUCCACUCUGAAAACUCUUGAUAUCAUCAAUAUUACAUCUCCAGCUGAAGUGAAAGUUUCAGAGCUGCUGAAAAAUACAACUCUGUUUGUUCAGGAUGUCAAGCGGUAUACCAACUUUCCCCCUACCGUUCUUCAGACUCUGCUCGAUUACCCUCUACCCAGCAGCAACAUGCAGAUCUUGACAUGGUUGGCAAACCUGCGCCAGUGCUCAGACCCCUCGUCUUUGCAUCUGGACCCAACAGGCCAGGAGAUCUUCAGUGCCUUCUGUGAACUGUCAGAUGAUUGGUACACCAUCACGGUUCUCUUUCUUCGUCAUGUGGACACGAAGACUGCUUUAUUCAGGCUAAUGUUAUCCAAAGAGAUUCAGGAUUUAGUGGGAAUUAUGCUACAGAUGAUCAAAUUUUUGACGGACAUGAUGCAGAAACUUGUACCUUCCAUUAGCAAACUGCAGGAAUACCUGACAAACAUAGGAGAACUAAACCUGGCAGUCAACAAAGAGUUCCGCAGUCUGGUGAGGGGAAAGCGGUCCACCAUAUCCAGCAGGGCCACCUUUAACACCAUCUCUCGUGCCUUGUGCAAAAACGGCAUCCUGACUCUGUUUGCCAUACCGAAAGUUCCUAUCGUGACCGAGAAUGAUCCUUCUGUCCAGUCCGACCACAACAGAGAAGAGCUCAUCAAGAAGUUCAAAAUCCCACAAGAUGCUAGUCCCUUCUGUAUGAACCUCUACUUGGAUAUGGUGAACACUACAGGCGGUGCGGUGGCCUGGGCCUUCCUCAAGCCCAUGCUGUUAGGACAGGUCCUCUACUCACCAGACACACCAUUGACGAGAGAGAUCAUGAGAAAGUCAAAUACUUCACUGCACCAGUUCGGUGAUCUAAAGCUGUAUGCGUCUGAGUGGAUUGAGUCAUCAACCUAUGUAAUACAGUCUGCUGAAAUUCUGACAAAAACAUUGCCAAUACUCCAGAAUGCUUUGCGCAAUCCCUUCGUCCAAAACUUCAUUCAGACUCAGACUGGUAUUGAUGUUGGACAAAUGAGCUCAACUCUCAACCAAUUCUCAAACAUGACAGUCCUGUUAGAGAACAACAAGUUUAUCAUGGAGCAGAUCACCACCCUCUCUAUGCUGAUGUUGAACCUCUCCUCCUGUGUCAACUUUGACCGCUACCGAGGCUUCAACUCCACGGAUGAACUCAACAAACAGGCGGAGAGACUGGCUCAAAACCGUGAGCUCUACGCCAGCAUCAUUUUGAAACUUCCCGAGGAGACCUCCAGCAGCCUGCCCCAGAACAUCGACUACACCAUCCGCAUGAACAUCGAGAAUGUCAUGCGCACCGACCGUUCGCGAAAUCCCUUCUGGGUGAAAGAUCCCUACAUCUCCACAACAAAGACCCAGCGGUACAGCCGAGGCUUUGUGUUCCUGCAGGAGAGCAUCGAUAGAGCCAUCAUCGAAAUGCAGUCGGGUAAAGCCGUGGAUGGGCCAGCGGUCCAGAUGCAGGCAUUCCCUUAUCCCUGCUACUACAAGGAUGAUUAUCUCAACAGCAUCGCUUUUGCCUUCCCAAUGGCUCUCAUGAUUUCCUGGGUGCUGUUUAUCGCCCACUUUGUGAAGAAACUCGUCCACGAGAGAGAACUACGACUUCAUGAGUACAUGAAAAUGAUGGGGGUCAAUCCCAUCAGCCACUUCUUCGCCUGGUUCAUAGAGAGUGCUGUGUUCUUGCUUUUGACCAUCAUCAUCCUCACCAUCAUUUUGAAAGGUGGCGGCAUCCUUCCUCGCAGCGAUGGCUUUGUGCUCUUCCUCUACCUUUGCGACUACGGCUUCAGCAUCCUUGCAAUCAGCUUCCUGGUCAGCAGCUUCUUUGAUAAGACCAACAUCGCCGGGCUGAGCGGCAGCCUUAUCUAUGUCAUCAGCUUCUUCCCCUUCAUCGUGCUGAUCCACUUGGAGGACAAUCUUUCCUUCUCUGUGAAGAGCGCUCUGAGUCUCUUUUCUCCGACAUGCUUCAGUUAUGCCAGUCAGUAUAUCUCCCGCUAUGAAAAACAAGAGGAAGGCAUCCAAUGGAGCAACAUGUAUAUCUCUCCUCUGGCUGGUGACACUUCCUCCUUCGGUUGGCUCUGCUGGUUGCUGUUAAUUGACUCAGUAGUAUAUUUUAUCAUUGGGAUUUACAUCCGCAUGGUCUUCCCAGGAAAGUAUGGGAUUGGUGUUCCGUGGUACUUCCCUGUGACACGAUCCUUCUGGGCAGAUAUGUUCAGCUGCUGUUGCAAAGCGCCAAAGAAAAUAGGCAGAGGGCUGCUGUUCACCAACAUUAUGCAGGAGCAAACGAGUACUGACAAGAGCAAAGGUAAAAGUAGUUUGGCGAGUAAUGGAGAAGAAGACUUCUCAGGAUUGGCUGUUGGAGUGUCACUGCAUGGCCUGACAAAGACCUACGGAGGCCGGCAUGCUGUAGACAACCUGAACCUUUCUUUCUAUGAGGGGCAUGUCACCUCUCUGCUGGGUCACAAUGGAGCUGGAAAAACCACCACUAUGUCGCUUCUGACGGGGUUGUUUUCACCCACCAGCGGCACUAUUGAGGUUUAUGGGAUGGAUAUGCAGUCGUCCAUAGAUGAUGUGCGUAAAGAGAUGGGCGUGUGCAUGCAGUAUGAUGUCCUGUUCGACCACCUCACCACUAAGGAACAUCUGUUGCUGUACGCUCAGAUCAAAGCUCCACACUUGACCAAACAGGAAGUGAAUGAACAAGUGCACAGAAUCCUAAUGGAAACAGACAUGCACGCCCACCGCCACAAGCGCGUCGGCACCCUGUCAGGAGGUAUGAAGAGGAAGUUAUCCAUCUCCAUUGCCUUCAUUGGAGGCUCACGGCUGGUGGUGCUAGAUGAACCAACCACCGGGGUGGAUCCCUGUUCCCGACGCAGCAUCUGGGACAUUGUCCUUCAGCACAAGAAAGAACGCACCAUCAUUCUUUCAAGCCAUCACCUGGAUGAGGCUGAAGUUCUCAGUGACCGCAUCGCGUUCCUGGAGCGCGGAGGCCUCAAAUGCUGUGGUUCACCCUUCUACCUUAAAGACAAGCUGGCUAAAGGCUACAACCUCACCCUCACAAAGAAGGUUCAGAGUCCUGAUUCAAAUGAAAAGUUUGACAUUGAAGCAAUCAGGGAUUUCAUUCAAUCCUACCUGCCUGAUGCUCGACGGAAGGAGGGAGAGGUGGGCGAUUUGAUCUACGCCCUUCCACCGUACACCACCCAGAACGCAGCUGCGUACCAGUCUCUUCUCACCGAUCUGGAUCAGAACCUGGACAUGCUUCAGCUGGGGUGCUACGGCAUUUCAGACACCACCUUGGAAGAGGUGUUCCUGCAGUUGACUCGAGAUGACAUGGAGCCUAGAGACAGUGACACCUUCUCUGUAUCAGAGUCUGUAAUAGUGAAUGACAUCUGUGCUUCAAGAGACAGCAUUCCUGACGACAUCAACAGCAUGUACCUUGGAGAGAAAGCCAGCCUCACUGGGACUUCGACUGUGAGUGGGCUUGCUUUGACUGCACAGCGGGUGAUGGCCAUGUUGCUGAAACGCGUGCACCACUCCAGGAGGGACUGGAAGGGGCUGUUCUCCCAGGUGUUGCUGCCCGUAAUCUUUGUAAUUGCUGCCAUGGGCCUGGGCUCCAUCAAGAGCGAUCUUCAGCACUUCCCUAAGAUUGUGCUCUCUCCUGCUCUGUACCACGUUGAUGAACAGUAUGCCUUCUUCAGGAAUCACAAUGCCACCAGCAACAGUCUUGUAGAUGCCAUGAUGUCCUAUCCAGGCAUCGACCACGUCUGCAUGAGAGACCCCACAGAUUCGAUUUGCAAAAAGAGACCUGCAGGAACUCAGACCUGGAUCUCCGGAGGCAACAGCUCUGCUAUAUUUACCACCUGCAAGUGUAGCAACCAAGUGCAGUCGUGUCCUGCAUCAGGUUACCAACCACCUCACAGAAGAAAUCCAUCAUCCCAGAUUGUCUACAACCUGACGGGCAUCAACGUAGAGGACUACCUGUUGGCCACUGCGAAUGACUUCGUCAGAAACAGAUAUGGAGGCUGGGACUUUGGGAAGCCUCUUCCCAUUGAUCUUAAGUUGGACAUGUUAGAUGUGCCAGAUAACAGAACACUUAGUAAGAUUUGGUAUAAUCCAGAAGGUCACCACACCAUGCCUGCCUACCUCAACAGCCUUAACAACUUCAUCCUGAGAUCCAGUCUGCCACCUGAGAAACGACAACAAUACACUAUCUCCAUAUCCAGCCACCCCUACCCUGGCCAAGUGCAAGACGAGGAUGUAAUGGUGGGCGGUUUGGUCAGCAUCCUGGUUGCUAUCUGUGUCCUCACUGGCUACUCUAUCAUGACUGCCAGCUUUGCCAUCUAUGAGGUUCAGGAACAUCACACAGGCUCCAAGAGACUCCAACAGAUCUCUGGCAUCAGCGAACCUUUUUACUGGAUCAUCAACUUCUUCUAUGAUAUGGCUCUUUACAUGGUUCCUGUUGUCCUCUCGGUGGCGAUGAUAGCAGCGUUCCAGCUCCCAGCCUUCACAGACAGACAGAACCUUGGCGCGGUCACGCUUCUGCUGGUGCUAUUUGGUUUCUCCACCUUCCCUUGGAUGUACCUUCUGUCUGCGUUAUUCAAGGACACGGAGAUGGCCUUCAUUGGUUAUGUUUGCAUCAAUCUCUUCAUCAGUAUCAACACCAUCAUCGCCACAUCCAUUAUCUACUUCCUGGGUCAGCUGAACACGAAUGACCCGAACAUCCAGAACGUGUACCGUACCAUGAGCAACAUCUUCCUAGUCUUCCCUCAGUUCAGCUUUGGCAAUGGGUUGAUGGAGCUGACAAGGGUUGACAUGCAGGUGCAAAUCUUGAGCUCUUUUGGGGUGGAUGCCUACAAGAACCCCUUCAGCAUGGAUUCUCUGGGCUGGAUGUACAUCUCCAUGUUCCUGCAGGGUUUCAUCUGCUUCAUGCUCCGCCUGCUACUUAACAAGACACUCCUUCGCAAAGUCAGACGUUUAUUUGGGUGUAAGAGAAAUGUCAUUCAGAGCUAUAGCCCCAAUGAAGAUGAAGACGUGGUGGCUGAACGCUUGCGUGUGUACCGUGGGGAUGCAAAUGCAGAUAUUCUGCAGGUUAAUGAGCUGUCUAAGGUGUACCAAAACCUGAGCAAGAGGGUACAGGCGGUGAAGAGCCUGUCUGUUGGCAUCCCAGCUGGCGAGUGCUUUGGAUUGCUGGGAGUCAACGGUGCAGGGAAGACCACUACGUUCAAGAUGCUAACUGGAGACAUUAGCCCUACCGAUGGCUCUGCUAAGAUCCGGGACAUUGACGGGAGGAUGGUUGACAUCAUAGACUGCAGGAGAGAGGGCAUAAACAUCGGUUACUGCCCCCAGGUGGACGCACUGGAUGACCUCCUGACUGGAGAAGAACAUCUCUAUUUUUAUGCCCGUAUCAGAGGCAUCUCCAAGAGGCAGACUGGGCAGGUUGUGAACUAUCUGUUGAAAAAGUUGGAGCUGAAUUACCACAGACACAACACAAGUGAGAACUACAGUUGUGGAACACGCCGGAAGCUGUCUACAGCCUUGGCCCUGAUUGGAAACCCACAGAUCCUUCUUCUGGAUGAACCCAGCUCUGGAAUGGACCCACGCUCCAAACGGCACCUUUGGAAGAUCAUCUCUGAGCAAGUGAUGGGCAAAUGUGCAGUGGUCCUGACAUCACACAGUAUGGAGGAGUGUGAGGCCCUUUGCACCCGUCUGGCUAUAAUGGUAAAAGGGCAGUUCAGAUGUCUCGGCUCCCUACAGCACAUCAAGAACAGGUUUGGCAAAGGAUUCACGGUGAAGAUGUACUUAGCUGGAUCUUCCUAUGAUGUAGAUAUGAUCAGUAACUUCAUGCAGCAGAAUUUCCCCAGCACGUUCCUGAAGGAUCAUCACUCGAAUAUGGUGGAGUACCAUGUGCCUGUUGCUCCUGGUGGUGUGGCUUCAAUCUUUGGCCUGUUAGAGUCCAACAAGGCUGUACUGCAAAUCAAACACUUUUCCGUCAGCCAGACCACUCUGGAUGAGGUUUUCAUUAACUUCGCCAUGGGGAAAACGGACACAGACGCACAGGAAGUCACGGAAGGAUCGGACAUCGACAGUCUAGACUCGUACAAUGCUUUAGACUCAUAAAAUAUUUGCACAUUAUGAGAUUCAAUGAACCUCAAAAAAGACAUUAAUUUAAUAUAUAGGACAUAUUUUAUAAACACGAUCAUUUUUUGGGUUUUUGACUUUGAUGGAAGGCUAUUGAAUAAUGAAGUCGCCAAAUACCUUAUGGUUAAUUAUUGAAGAUCAUUAUGAAAAAUUAUGUAUAUUCACCUUCUUUCUACUCUUCCAAAUAUGGGAUCAACAUUAAAGAACCUUUUUAUGGAUUUUUGUUUUGUUUUGUUAUUUGCAAAGUCUACAUUAGUUUACACAUUUUGAUGCAAAUUCAACGUAUACUUUAAUUUGUCGUCAAACAAAUUCGCUGCUUCUUAUCAAAGGAAAUUAAGUCAUUUAUUUACUAAAUUGUUUGAAAUUUGACCAGCUCUACCAAAUAUAUAUAUUAUAUAUAUUUUAAUCACGACAUAACAGAAUUAAUUAUGUAUGCAGAGAGAAGAGUCCAUCCUGUUAAACUGCUGGCUGCAUCGAUGCAGCUCUUGUCUGGGGUUGAAAUAAAUCACAAAGACCUUUUUGGCUUGGAGAUAUAAAUGAUUCUUCAAUGUCUGCACAUCUUCACUCUCAUUAAUAUUUUCUCUGAAGGCACAUCUCUUGUGCAAGAAUGUACUGAAUAUUUCAUCGGCCCUUUCCUCUGUCUGCUGCAAGGCACAGUUCCUCUUUUAAAAAUGUACUAAGCUUAUUUUUACAUUAAAGCUAUUUUUCACAUGCA